CCAAAAUUGUUCCUUUUGCAAAAAUAGUUGCAUUGCCAAAAGGACAGCAACGAUCAGUUUAUGGUGCUGUUGUGUGUGUGCCCUCUGAGGUGGAGAAAACAGUUAACUGUCUCCCAAGGCCUAACAGUGAGUCCCAGCUCCUACAGGUGAAGCUGAAAAGACACAUCAAGUUCAGAGGAUACCAACACUUCCAUACUGUGAAUAUGCACAAUGUGCUAGCAGCAUUAACAAAACUGAAAGCGAUGCAUUCAGAAUAUAGGGACAUCUUUAUAAGUGAUGCUGCCACAUUUGAAUUUCUCCCUGAUGAGCUGCAUGACACAGAGGAGAAACAGGAAGUCGUUGUCUCUGAACAGGAUGAGCAGCAUGUCAGCACAGAAGAAAAGGAUGAGCUCAGGCCUGGCCUCACUCUGGACACAUGCAUGCAGCCACUCGACAUUGGACAGGACUUACUGUCGUACGGUGAGGGAAUCUUCAGCAUUGCGCCUGCUCAAGGGAAAAAGCCAGUCGGAUUUUUCAAGGUUCCCAAAUUGGAAGCCAUGGCCUUCCCCGUACAGUUUCCCACUGGACAGAACACAAUUGAUGAGGCACGACAAGUUGCAUUAUCACCAAGCAUGUAUUUCAAUGCUAGACUGUUCUGCGUGGAUACUCGUUUUGCCAAAGACCAGAGUUAUCUCUUCUUUGCGCAGUUUGUCACUGAAACGCACAUGGCUAGAAACAGCAUGUCUAUCCAGUUGCGAAAGGGCAAACCCGUUACAAAAGAUGGACGUAGAAUCUCCAACAAGCUUCUUCAGGAUGAUCUUGAGGUCGAAAGAUUGGUCCACAGCCGUGACGCAACAAGGUUUAUGCAACCCCUGAGAGGCACUCCAUCUUAUUGGGAGAAAACGUUGAGAGAUCUACAGGCCAUGAUCAGGCAGUUAGGGAAUCCUACUUUUUUUUGCACAUUCAGUGCAGCCGAAAUGCGAUGGCCAGAAGUGAUAACGGCAAUCAAGGCUCAGCAAGGUGAAGAGGUCGACUUUUCAGAGCUUGACUGGACAACGAAAUGUGAAAUCCUCCGAAGUAACCCCGUCACCGUCAUGCGGAUGUUUGAAAAACGAGUGGAUGCAUUAAUGAAUCAUCUGCUUUUGUCACCUGCUCAACCCAUCGGCGAAGUCGAGGAUUACUUUUAUCGUGUGGAGUUUCAAGCUAGAGGAAGCCCACACAUUCAUCUGCUGGCCUGGGUAAAGGGGGCACCCGAAUUCGAAAAUCAGUCCGACCAAGUAGUGUGUGACUUUAUUGACCGUUACAUAACCUGCCAGUUGCCGGACCCUACCACCGAUCCCGAGCUUCAUCAAAUUGUCACCGAAGUUCAGCUUCACAGCAGGAAGCACUCCAAAUCUUGCAAGAAAGGAAAUGUGUUGUGUAGAUAUGGGUUCCCUAAACUUCCCAUGUCAAGCACCACCAUCACCCGUCCACGACCACAACGUCCCGAGGAAGAUGAAAACGAAGAGCAACACCACCAAGAGAGAAAGAAGAGGAGACAGGACGCUCCACAACGUCCUCAGGAAGAUGAAAACGAAGACCAACACCAACAAGAGAGAAAGAAGAGAAGACAGGACGCUGCUCGAAAAGCAAUGAAAGAAGCCAGGAAUAAACUCAAGCCAGUGUGGGACUUGUUAAACGAUCCCCAGGCCUCCUUUGACAACCUGUCAGACUUGCUGACCAAAUGUAAUCUGUCCAUGGAUGAUUACUGUAAAUACGCUGAGGCACUGUCCACUUCAAAUGUGAUUUUGCUGAAGCGUGAUCCAAAGGAGGCUUGGGUGAAUGGCUACAACCCAGAUUUGCUGAGGGCAUGGAACGCUAACAUGGACAUACAGUUCGUUCUUGACUCUUUCAGCUGCAUCAUGUAUAUGUUGUCCUACAUUUCCAAGCCAGAACACGAAAUGAAUGAUUACCUGAAGACCGUGAUCAAGGGUGUUCGGGAAACCAACGUAAACGAAGAGGACGAAAUGAAGCAGAUAAUGCAGGCCUACUCCAAACACAGGCAAGUGAGUGCUCAGGAGUCUGUGGCACGGACAUGCAGCUUACCAUUGAAGAAGUGUUCACGAAAUGUUGUGUUUAUACCGACGGAUGAUGAUGCCCUGAGGAUGAGUUUGCCCCGUAGUGUCCUACACAGCAAAGAUCCUGAUUCAGAGGAUGUCUGGAUGUCAGGUAUUAUAGAGAAAUACAGAGCAAGGCCUCGAACACUGGAGUUUGAAAAGAUGUGCCUUGCAGACUUUGUGUCUAAUUACCGUGUUGUGUAUGGUCGGCAAACUAAAGGAAAGAAUGUCCUCCCACUCCUCAACGAUAUGGGAUUUAUUCAGAAGAGAACUGUUGGUAAGGCUGCAAUUGUCAGGUAUGCUCGCUUUUCGGAGGAGAAGCAACCGGAGAAGUUUUGCGGAACAAUGGUAAAACUUUACGUGCCACAUCGUGUCAACGAACAGCUGAAACCUCAAGGGUUUCCAACGUAUCAGGAGUUUUACAAAAGGGGACUUGUAGAACUCCCGUCACACCCCAAUUUCCGAUUCCCUGUCCGUGGCUUAGUUAAAGCACAACAGAAGAAGUUUGAAAAGCACGGCAAAAAAGUGGACGAAGCAUAUGAACAGCUGCAGCGGGAAGGACCAUCUGAGAAUGCUUGGUGUGCUUUCGCCCCUGAAAUCGACGUUGAUCGGAUGGAGUGUAUUGCAGAACAACAAGACGUCCACCCAGAAGAAAAUGAACAGGAUGAUGUUCCAGAAUACCAGAUUCGUCGUGAAGAUGGAGACGGCGUCGUACCACAGAUUGAGGCACCACAGAUGACCAAUGAAUAUCUGAGGAAGAUGUUUAGGAGUCUAAAUGAGACGCAGGCAGCAAUUUUUUACACUGUCCGCCAGUGGUGUCAGAAGCGUGUGUGGGGUCACAAUCCAGAGCAGUUUUUUUACUUUUUGUCAGGCGGUGCAGGUUGUGGGAAAUCGCACGUCAUCAAGUGCAUACACGCGGAAGCAACUAAGAUUCUGCGACAACUCCCUCGACUCCGGGAAGAAGGGGAUCUCUCCGUGCCCACGGUGUUGUUGUCUGCGUUUACUGGAACUGCAGCAUUCAACAUCUCUGGAAAAACACUGCAUUCCCUUUUAAAACUGCCAAGGAGUCUGAAGCCACCUUAUCAAGGACUUGGGAACGCCCUUGAUGAAGUGAGAGCAGGAUUACGCGACGUGGAGAUUAUUAUCAUCGACGAAAUAUCGAUGGUUUCAAAGGAUCUGUUCACAUACGUAAACUGGAGAUUUCAGCAGAUCAAAGGCAGCAAGAAACCUUUUGGAGGAAUAUCUUGCCUCGUCGUAGGGGAUUAUUAUCAACUGCCACCGCUUGGUAAAGCCAAACCGCUCUGUGUGUAUGAAGAGGAUAUGCUGGACUUCUGGAAGGACCAUUUUCAAAUCAUCACACUCACAGAGAUCAUGCGGCAGAAGGAAGACCUCGCUUUCGCUCAACUGUUGAACCGACUACGAGUGAGGCAGAAGACCGAAGCUCUCAGGGAAGAUGAUCGAGCUUUGUUAUUCCAGGCUGUGAAGAAGCCAGAAGACUGUCCACGUGAUGCUCUACACAUAUUCGCCACUAACAAAGAGGUUGACAAGUACAAUACCGAGAUUGUACAGGCCCUCUUCGCUGACAUCAUAACAAUUGAUGCCGAAGACUACAGGAAAGACCCAAGAACAGGAAGGAUGAAGCGAUUAAACAAACCUGUCACUGGAAAAAAGGACGACUUGCUGGACACAAUGCAAGUUGCAGUGGGAGUUCGUGUGAUGGUAACCAGGAACCUGGAUGUAGAAGAUGGAAUUGUCAAUGGAUGUUUUGGCACGAUUGCAAACAUCGUCACCAAAGCAAAAGAUGGAAUUGACACCGUACAAAUGUUAGGACUUCAACUUGACAAUCCGAACGCCGGUCAGAAACACCGUAAAAAGGUACGAGGUGAAGAAGACGUCUUGGUUUACAUUGAGAGAUCUGAAGAAAGUCUGAGGAAAGGAGCCGUUCGUCGACAGUUUCCCAUUAAGCUAGCUUACGCCUGCACAGCCCACAAAGUACAAGGCAUGACAAUGCACUCUGCAGUAGUGUCAUUGAAGAAGAUUUUUGAGCCGGGAAUGGCCUACGUUGCCCUCAGCAGAACGACAUCUCUACAAGGAUUACACAUUACGGAUUUCGACGACAAGAAGAUAUAUGCUGAUCCUGAAAUCACAACCUCUUUGCAAAGCAUGAGAAGAGCAAGAGUUGAAGAAAUCAUGCCACUUUUGCAGCAUGUGAGGGAAAAUAGGCAGGAACAGACACUCACCAUCAUCCAUCACAACACGGAAGGACUGGCAUCUCACAUGGAGGAUAUCAGAUGCCAUCAUGAGCUACAACUCGCCGAUGUUCUGUGUUUAACAGAAACACACCUGACUGGAUCGUCUACUUCAGAUCUCCAAUUGGAAGGAUACAACUUGUUCACACGCAACAGGCAUGUCUCCUACUCCACACAUCAAGAACUUGGAAGGAAAAAUGGAGGUGGAGUCGCAAUAUAUUGCAAGGAGCACAUUCCAACUCAGCCCAGGCAAUAUAUACAAAAUGUGACUGAUCUGGAGUUUGCUGUGAUCAAGUUGGAUUCCCCAAUAAAAGCAGCAGUCGUAGCUGUGUAUAGGCCACCACAGUACAGUGUUGGAGAUUUCUUGACCAACCUGAACAGUAUGCUGGAUUACCUGGACCUCACACACAACGAUCUCGUCAUCAUCUGUGGAGAUUUCAACGAGGACCUCCUACACCCUGGAAAAAAACCUAUUCUGGAGUUGUUUCAAUCUCGAGGAUACACGCAACUGAUUACAUCAGCGACGACGGAAAAGCACACACUACUUGACCACAUCUACAUUUCAAAUCCGGACUUCUGUCAUCAAUCGGGCGUGUUAGAGACCUACCACAGUUACCACAAUCCUGUGUACUGUGUAUUGCGUUUUUUUCCAUAGGUGAAUUGCCCGCUAUACCAGGUCACUGGGGCCACUGAAUCAGCAUUAACGACAACAGUGGGGCAACACCAGCCUUAGUUCCCCAGUGGCUUCUGUAUGAGUGGUGUCUUGGCCUUAAGCCAUACUGAACUGAGGUUCCAUUUAACCUCCUUUAUCGACGGCAGUGACGUUGCGGUUAUAUUGUGUUGUUCGUGGUAAUAUGAAGGUGUUGUGUCCCUGAGUUACCUAGACUACAGCAGCAGGAAGGACGAAGGAGUAGUGUGGCAGCUCCAGACAGGACAGGAAGUGAAGGCAGCAGAAUACAGGACGCAGUCAGGGUUAGUGUAAUAACUCCAGGGAAGACACAGACAGUGAGAGCAACAGCAGCAUUGCAGGAAGAUUUUGGAGACCAUAGCAGUCCUGUGCAACACUGGAUAUGAGUGUGCAAUAUACCAUCUAAAGGAACCGGCGAGUCAGAAUGUCUGAGAAGAUCAAGUGUGCUUCACCACUGAUGAUGAUGAGCUGGAUACCAGCUUAUGGGCUAAUUUCUUUCAUUCAUUGCCAGAGGACGGGACCAGAUGUGUUUGGAGUUGAAGACAAUGCUGAAGACCAAAGAAGCAACGGAAGAAGAACAUUUAAGCACUGAGGGUGUCCAGCCUGUUUGCCAUGACAGAUCCAGCGGCUAGAUGGCGGAAGAUGCUUCAAUACCCAAUUGCACUGAAUCAUUAGAUGAUCAAUUAAUUAAUAUUAAUAUAUAUUUUUAAAUUAUCUUAUUAUAUUAAAUAAUUGGUCUCAGUUUACUAUUUCAUAUAUUAGUUUGAAUAAUAAUGUUUUUAUAAUGUGUACGCCAUGCCUGAGGAGGAUGGGUUCCCCCUGAUGAGUCUGGUUCCUCUCAAGGUUUUUUAUCUCCUUAAGAGUUUUUUCCUUGCCACCGUCGCCACUGGCUUGCUCACUGGGGGUGUUGUGUCAAAUCCUGUGUCCCUCUCGCGUCCCUGCCGACCAGGGUUUUCAAAACAACAGUUUGCGACUCGAUGAAUUUUUUAUUAAUUAAAUCAUAGAAAUUUAAAUGACUAAAAAUGAAAUCAUGUUAUGGCUUAGUCACUUACGGUAAAGCAGUAAGCCCUGCUUUCAGAACUGCUAAGGGGUGUUGCUGUUUUCUGAAAUCACAGGGCUUAUGUAUGGCCUUAUGCCCUUUAUAAACACUUGUGCAGUAAUAGACGCAAUCAUGGACAGUAAUGUGAGUAUUUUACAAUGGCUUUAAAUGCAACAUGCACAAGGUUCACUUUAUUAAUACAAUAAUUCAAACACUUUCACCACUAUUCUGCCAAAAUAGAAACUUGAUUUUAAAUUUUUUAUUAUUGCAACAGUAAGAUAUUUUUUUUAUUUUCAUAAUUCGAUAAUUUUAAUAUGAAGUUAAAAUAAUAUUUAUAUGUGAGCUAGUGCAACAUUAUAGGGUGGGAUUUGGCACAACAGGUGUUUUCUAAUACUUUUAAUAAACAUUUUGGUUGAAUUGGCA